CUAAAAUAAAUUAAAAAGUCUAAAUUUCAGAAUAUUAUUAAUAUAACUUUAAUAUUAUAAUAAUAUUUUAUUAUAUACAAUAUUGUCAUUGUAAUACACACAUAAAAAUCAAUUGCAUAUUAUGUAUUAUAAGUCAGCAGAUUAAAUAUCUGUUAGAAUUCCAUGUUUUUACGGCUCUUGCAAUUUAAUUAGAUUAAUCUUAGUUUGUUUGAAAUUAGAAUCCAGUUCACGUACUAUUCACAAUACUAAAAUAAAUAAAAUAUUGAAAAUGCACGGACGGAUAAAGGUUCGUACUACAGAAGAAGAAAAGGCCAAGAAAGAGAGAGAAAGGCAAGAAAAGCUUAAAAUUUUUAAACAUGCAAUGCAAAAAAUCCAAUAUAAAAGAAAACAAGGAGAACUGGACGAGGAACAGUUAAAUCUUACUGGCAAUGUCUUAAGCUCAAAUCCUGAUAUUUACACUUUAUGGAAUAUAAGAAGAGAAAUUCUUUCUGACUUUAGGAAUAAUAAAACUGAAGAAGAAAUUUCAAAGCUUUAUGAUGCUGAAUUAAGCCUCACAGAGUAUUGUUUAAAAAUAAAUCCAAAAUCAUAUUGUGCCUGGCAUCAAAGAGAGUGGGUCCUUACAACUAGAUCAGAUCCAGAUUGGAAGAAGGAGCUUGGUUUAUGCAAUACUUACUUGAAAUUAGAUGAGAGAAACUUUCAUACUUGGGAUUAUAGAAGAUUUGUUGUUAGUCAAUGUAAGCCAUCUCUCAAAGAAGAAUUUGAUUAUACCACAGAAAAAUUACAUGAAAACUUUUCAAAUUAUUCUGCUUGGCAUUAUAGAAGUAAGAUGUUGCUGCAAUUAUAUCCAGAUUUGGAAGGAGGAAGACCUAUACAAGAUAGUCAUCAUAAACAUGAAUUAAAAAUGGUGCUAAGUGCUGCAUUUACUGACCCAGACGACACAAGUGCCUGGUUUUACCAAAGGUGGUUGUUAGGUGCUGUUAAAAUUACUACAAGUGUAGUAGUAUGCACUAUAACCGCAACAAAGACAUCUGUGGCCUUUAGUCACACUGUUUCUAUAGAUUAUAUAAAUUCUAAUAUUAAUUUAUUUAUUAAUGAUGUAAAAGUAAAUGGUGAAUGGUCUUCAUGUACUGGCUGUGAAAAUGAUGACCUGUGGAUCUUUAAACACAACCAAAUUAUUACUGAUAAAUUAAUUAUAAAGUUAGAGCAUAAUGUAAGCAAUGAUGAAAAAGAAGUUAUACAACUUGAAGAGUACAAGCCAUGCUAUUAUGUAGGAAAGAAUAAAAUAAACUUUCAAAACAAGUACUCUGCUUCUGUGUUAGAAGAACUGAAUGAGCAGUUAGAUGCAUGUCGACAGUUACUUAUUCUAGAACCUGACAACAGAUGGACUCUUCUAACAACUACCUUCUUUUUGCAAUGCAUUGAUUCAAAAGUGUAUCACAAAGAAAUAAUUGGCAACUUGGACUUGUUAAUGAAACUCGAUAAACAAAGAGCAGGUUAUUACAGUGACCUUAAAUCUAAAUGGUUGAUAGAAUUUUUUCUUCCGGAACAUUACACGAAGAUGAACAUUGAUUAUAAUGUUGCGUUUAGAAAUCUAACCAGCUUACCUCAUUUGCAAUACUAUAGCUUUUGCGAGGAUGUAGACCUUUCAAACCAAAACUUGACUUCUAAAGUAUUGCCAAGUCUCAUUAAAUUACAACAUUGCAAGAAACUUAAUUUAUCUAACAACAAAUUAACAACAUUGAAUGGAUUUCCAUCACUGCAGUUGGAAGAACUGAAUAUUACACAAGGAAAUAAUUUAGAUUUAAAAGAUAUAGAACAAUUUAAAAAGAAACACAAUAAUAUCAAAGUAAUACUUUAAUAAAUGAUAUUGAUUUUGUACUAGUACAAACUACAAAUGCAUAAGUAAAUUUAUUGUAUAAUCAGAUCUUUAAAAUUUUAUAGAUGUUCUGUAUAAAAUCAUGGCUUGAUAGAGUUAAUUUUAAAUCGGUUUUUGGAAGUGCAAGUGUAAACUAUGUCUAUUUAGAUACCGUUUUUACUUUCAUAUUUGAUAUCAUUUGAUAGUCCAUUCAGAUACACAAUGGUGGCCUUAUUUAUUACAUUAACAAUGUUUAAAAAAUAUUACAAAUAAUAAUUGCAACGCCUUACUUUGUUACAAUCAAUAUUAAAUAAAGAUUUUAUAACACUAA